UUUACAAUUCGCUUUUACACAUUUACAAAUUAUUAAUCAGCAUACACUUUGAGUAAAAAAAAAAGAAACCUAAAUGAAUGAUUAAAACCAAUUCGUACAAAAUUUACGAAAUACAUUACUAGUGUAAUACUUUUUAAUCACAUAAUUAUAAUAAUACAAUACAACGUCAUGAACUUAUCAGCUAUAAAUUUGACCAACUCCUUUGAGUCAUCGUCUCCAUCAAGUUCCCCAGACUUGUUAAAUAACGGAACAACAAUUACAUGUAACAGUACUACUUUAAAUUCCCCUACUACUUCAAAUGUAAGCUCGACAAUGAAUGGAGAUGCAAUGAAGUUAUCUCCUAAUUACUUUAGUCAUCAUAAUCAUCAUACUAGUCAAAAUCAUGAUAUACAACCAGCAUCUUCAUCAUCAUCAUCAUCUGCAAUGUCAGCUGGAGUGAUACCAAUGAAUCAUCUAUCGAAUUCGUUAUUUUUUCCAUUUCCACCAAACUUUCUAUUACAAGAAUCCUUCAGUUUAAUUUAUCAUACAUGUUUAAAUAUGUUUGAAAAACGCUUAAAUGAAGAAUUGAAACAGUUUAACCAGAAAUAUGAAGUACUAUUACGUGAAUGCACUGAAACAAGGUUUCGUCUGAAUAAACUUGAAAAUUUUAUACAAUUAUUUGAAGAAAAAUUCAAUUCAAUGAAUAAUCUAUCCUUUCCGGCUUACUUUUAUCCUUCAUCAAAGUCUCAGCAUCAUCAGAGGCAACAGGAUCAGUCACAACAGAAUAAUACAAAUGAUACUAAUUUGUUAAAUUCACUGAAAAACAUUGAAUCUGCAUGGUUAUGUAAUUGGAAGGAUCAUGAAAUAUUCACUCACUCUGCACAUGGAAAUAUUUCACCAGGUAGUUUAUUGACAUCAAUGUCUACAAUGUUAACAGAUGAACAACAUUCACAAACACAACAACAUACGAUGACUUCAUUAUCAUCAAGUAAGACAAAAGAAAAUCUAGAAUAUGCUGUUAAUCACCUGUCUAACUCAACCAAUACCCAUUCAUCAACAAACGAUCAGACAAAUUUUCAGUCACCUAUAUCACAUGAAUCUGUAAUCAAUCAAAUACACAAUUCUACAUGUAAUCUAGAUCCUACACUCUUAUCAUCACUCCCUAAUUCUAAUCGACAAUUCAUGUGGAAUCAAUGGAUGGCAAAUUUUAUGGCUUCUAACGGUAGUAUAAACUCUCCUAAUGGAUUAUUAUCAUCACCAUCAUCAACAUUAUCUUCAACAUUGAACACUUCUGAUAGAAUAAACAGUUUGAAUACAUUAGAAAUUGAACCUGUAGAAGGGAAUCAAAAUAAGUCAUGUCGACUGUAUCCACCAGUAUUCUUUUCAAAUCAUGAAUUCAAUCCAACUGAUCUGUUAAAUUGUAGUCGAAAACCGUCAACAUCAGCAACUUCUUCCUCAUCAUCAUCAUCACUACGUUUUCGAGGUAAUAAAUUUGGACGUGUCAAAACAAAAUGUCUAAAUUCGAAUAGAUGUCAGCAAGGUUGUACAUUCUCCAAUAAUCGUUUGCAUCUAUGCAAUAAUAAAUCAAAUCAUUUCAGUUCAGCAGUUUCAACAUCGACAUUGAAGAGUAUUCGUAAAUCAGUGUUAAAUUUUCAGAAUUCCAAUUGGUCCGAUAUAUCAUCUAGAUCCCAGAUGACAAUAUCACCACCAUCAAUAACAACAUCGAUAAUAGAUCAAAGUAUCAGAUCAAAUUUAUUAAAUGAUCUACAACUUCCUGGAUCUAAUGGGAUGUUAUUGUCAACAGCAUCAAAUUCACGUUCCAGUCAUAAUCAUAACAAUAACAGUAAUACUACUAGUAGUAGUAACAAUAACAACAGCCAAACUAAUAAUUUAAUUGAUCGUCCAGUGGUUAUACUGAACCCUGAUGAACCACGUGAAAUAUUUAUUGGUGGGGUACAAUCAGUAUCAUUGCCAUUAUGGGCAUAUUGUAAAUGUUUGACAAUGGUACGUGGUGAACCACAUGAACUAGGACCACGUUUGUGUUUACGCCUAUUACAAAGUCUCUUUAGUUUACAUUAUUUAGUUACGCAUAAUUAUAAUGGUUCCGGGGUAAAGCACCAAUUGAUCCUAUUGUAA